GUAAAAGGAAACCAUAGCAGACACUGCCCUGAACGCUGAAUGCAGAAAUCGUUCCCCUAAUUGCACCAAUUUCUGUGUCUAGGUAGAUCCUCAACCUCAAUCCAUUGUUCUACAGUCUACACCUCAAAUCAUCAUCUCAUUUUCAAACACCAACAAGAAUCGAACCAAAUUUUCUGAAAAAUUCAGGUUUUGUUAACAUGAAGUUUCGUUACGCAAUGGUGUGUUCUUCGAACCAGAACCGAAGCAUGGAAGCUCACUUCCUCCUCAAGAGACAGGGCUUUGAUGUGUGUUCUUACGGCACAGGUGCCCACGUUAAGCUCCCUGGUCCUUCCCUCAGAGAACCCAAUGUCUAUGACUUCGGAACUCCCUACAAGCACAUGCUCGAUGACCUUCGCAGAAAGGACCCUGAACUCUACAAGCGAAAUGGAAUAUUGCCGAUGCUCAAAAGAAACUCAAACGUCAAAUUGGCACCUCAAAGAUGGCAAGAAAAUGCAGCUGAUGGCUCCUUUGAUAUAGUGUUCACAUUUGAAGAAAAAGUAUUCGAUAUGGUUAUUGAAGAUCUGCAUAAUAGAGAUCAUGUUUUACUGAAAACUGUGCUGGUAAUCAACUUAGAGGUGAAGGAUAACCAUGAGGAAGCAGCUGUAGGAGCAAGGCUUACUUUAGAUCUAUGCCAGGAGAUUGAAGCUGCUGAAUCUUGGGAGGAGUCCAUUGAUGACAUUAUUGGUGGUUUUGAGAAGCAGCACCGGCGGAAGCUUUUGUACAGCAUCUCCUUCUACUAAAAUGGUCCAACUUCCCCUAGGAGAUUGAUCACUUAAUGAUUUGCUUUAACCAUAAUUUAAACCAUUUCCAUACAUUCAGCACACAGAUUUCAUUUCAAACAAAACUAACGAUGUAUUGGCCGCUUCAAAAUUUAUAAGGAUUAAACCAUGGAAAAAAAGAAAAGAAAAGAUUAUGUUGCCUACCUGUUUUAUCUGUUUAUUAAGUGAUCUGGUAUGGAAUGAAAUUUGUAGUAUGCUUUCUUGUUUUGAAGUUUA